AUGUUUAGCGCUCGGGCUAUGACAAAGGUGAUAUCGUAUGGGGAUGUCGCCAUUAGCUUCGUUUUUCCGUCACCUAACAUCUCAACGACCGUGUCGUACUGGACUGGGAUAUAUCCCACGGUGACUGGACCAGAGCCAUCGGACCUGCAAACCAUACCUUUGACGACACGGACUGAGCGCCAGACCCCAAUCUCCGCUCUGCCAUCCUUUGAGAUCUUCUCAUCCCGAUCCAGACGUUUCAAGACGGUAGUGACGACAGUGUUCGAAGACGAGGAUGAAGAUACGACGUCACUUGCGAAGCGUCAGGACAUUCCAAUCAGUGCUGUCGUGCCUACCCCGACCUUGGAAACAACAAUACUUGCGACAACGACCGUCGCUAUUCCGGAUGCACCAGGACCUUCAUCGUGCGGUGAGUCGGGCAACUUCACGCUGACUUUCGAUGACACGGUCACUGGAGACGAUGACAACACUAUACUGCUCGUUGCCAGCGGUAUGAAGAACCCCUACCACCACCUCUUCUACGGCAACGGAUACACGUACGUACCCGACAUGUGGGAGCCAUACCCCGCAAUCUCGCAACCAAACAUCGCCAUGUUCCUGCCUCUGACCGGGCGGCUCCUUCCCAACACGCCCUUCGCAGGCACGAUGCUUCCCGGCGAACUCGGCGCCGGACCACGAGCUUCAGUCAACGCCUACUGGUUCAACGCGUACUCCGCCCACUUUGGCUGCGCACUCAACGGCCUCACACCCUGCACAUUGCGCAUAUCGGGCUAUCGCUACGACACCACUCUCCAACAAGAAGUGCUCGUCGCAGAACAAAACGCGACUAUCCCGGCUUGCUGGGGCUACAUCAACUGCCGCCUCACGCAGAUCUUCUUCAACGACGACUUCCGCGCACUGUCUGGUAUCCAGUUCAAUGCCUACACAUACAAUCUGGGUAUACCGCAAGUGCACAUGAUGGAUGAUCUGCAGAUGGAAUGGUACAACAACACCUGUUCGGCGGGUAUACUACGGAUAGGACACAGCUAG